AAUGCGAAUUCUUAAGUUCUUUUGGUUGAAUGGUUUCAAGAACAAACUCAGUCUGUUCCUUGUGUCACUUUCAGAAAAAGAAUGGGGACGAGAAAAGUAUUAUUUUCCAUUCCGUGUUUUUUUUUGACUCGCGUUUCUGCAUAAGAAUAAACAAAACCAAAACCUUUUCUUUUUUCUAGUACAAGAUUCUGACGGGGAAAAUAACUUGUUACUCGUUCGGGCAGUUUCUCUGCACUUUAAUGGCCAAGUACACGGAACACGCCUACGCCUGAGGCCCGGUCGGCGUAGAGGCGGAAACAAACCGGCGGCGCCCGCCGGCAGGGCAUGUCGUCCCUACGCGACCAGUGCUCCCGGCCUCAGUACGCUAUGCUACAGUGCACGGCAGAGACUGUUUUUACUACGAGCGCCGGCCUAGUCGCAGCAACCCUCUUGCCUCUUUAUCGCUAGCCUUUCUGCGCUGUUUGCCGCUGCUGCUCUGCCAGUUUAUUGGGAUCUGCGGGCUCCGUCCGGUCGCCCGUAUGGGUUGUUGUUGGGUUCCUCUUGCUUCGUCCGCCCGGUGGGAUUACCGAGGCGGCGACUUGGGGUGUACAGUUGGCGAGUUGCUGCCUUGUUGGUGAGCAGGGCGGGGGUGGUGUUGUUAUCUGAGGCCAGAAUAGUUUAGGAGUGGUUAGCCCGUGGAGAGACAGGGGAUCCUGUCCUUCUGCUGGUUUGGUUUCUCGAUAACAGUCACGGACCUGAUGACAUUUUGACCACUACUGCUUGAGCCUUCACAGGGGUUAGAGCCCCUCUGUGUUGAUUGUGUUGCUUGGUAUAGAAUCAAUCUAGUGCAACAUGCCAAGAUCCGAAUCAGACAGGGAUGAUAUUUUCUUCGACGCACUUGAAGAUAUUCGUUCAGCAAGGGAGCCUUCAUCAUCUGAAGACUGCAGCACGAGUGAUGAAGUGUCAGCACCAAGCAAAUUUGAGUAUGAGAUUUGGGCAAACGAGCCAAUGAGUGUUCAAGAAAGGCGACAAAGGUUUCUGAAGGGAAUGGGAUUUGAUGAAUUUGUUUCUACCAGAAUGGAUUCUUUUCAAUGCCAUGGAGAAAUCACAAUCGUCGACUCUUUUACCGACAUGGAGGAGAGAACUGUGAGCGGCAUUGCUUCCUUGGAUUCAUCUGUUUGUGACAAUGAACUGGUAUUUGACAGUACCAGUGGCAUAAGGGAUCUGGAUAUUGGAAAGAGAUGUAUAGUACAGAAUGGUGUGCAUACCAGUCUAACUGACAUGGUUAAGGAGGUUGGAUCAGAUAAGGUGAUGUCUCUUCUGGAGUUUGAGAGCUUGCUUGGCCUCUCUCGAUCGGUUCAAAAAUUAUUGCGGAGGGGGUGUGGUAAGAGUCAUACAAGAGAAGCAAAAGGUGUUAAGAAAAAGGAUGUCAAAAGCUUGUGGAAGAAAUUCAUGACAAAGAAAAGUUUUGGUGGAAUUUGCAAGUACGAUGUCCAGGUGAAAAACUGCACAACAGGUAUACCAUCCAGAACAAGAGUUCAACAUCGGAAGAAAAAGUUUGUUGAAUUCUCUGCCGUCUACAUGGAUCAAGAAAUCAGAGCUCACAAGGGUUCAAUUAAUGUCAUGAAAUUCAGUCCAUCUGGCUGGUAUUUAGCAAGUGGUGGUGAGGAUUGUGUUGCACGAAUAUGGCAAAUCACAGAAGUAAAAGCAUCUCCUAAGUUGUACGCGGGGGAUGAUCCUUAUGAAGAUGUGGAGAAAGUUAAAGUCCUUAAGACAAAACUAGUAAAGGGGCAGAGCCAUGCCCUUGCAGUUAUACCUAAGAAGACUUUUCAUAUUUCUGAGAUCCCGUUACAUGAAUUCCAUGGCCAUACAAGUGAUAUCCUCGAUUUGACAUGGUCAAAAUCAGAUUAUAUCUUGACUUCGUCUAAAGAUAAGACAGUGCGCUUAUGGAAAGCUGGCUGUGAUGGUUGUCUUGCUGUUUUCAAACACACAGACUAUGUGACGUGUGUUCAGUUCAACCCUAUUGAUGAGAGAUACUUCAUCAGUGGUUCAAUAGAUUGUAAAGUCCGCAUUUGGGAUAUUUUGGACAAGCGAGUAACUGAUUGGGCUGAUACACGGAAUAUCAUAACUGCUUUGAGUUACCAACCAGAUGGAAAGGGUUUUAUUGUUGGUACGCUUACAGGAGUAUGCCGCUUCUACGACCAGUCAGGUGAAAACAUCCAGCUAGAGAAAGAACUUUUUGUGCAAGGGAAGAAAAAGUCAGCUGCCAGUCGGAUCAACAGUCUGAAGUUAUGUACAAGUGAUUCCCAAAGGAUUAUAAUCACAUCAACAGAUUCUAAAAUUCGAGUUGCGGAUGGUGAUAUCGUCCAAAAAUUUGAAGGGCCUUGGAAGUCGAAGGCUCUAUCAUCACCGUCGUUAACUUCAGAUGGUAGAUAUCUUGUUUCUGCUGGCAAGGAUUCCAAUGUCUACAUUUGGAACUUUCCCAACUCAGGAGACGCUAAAUCAGUUCACGCUUGCGAGCUGUUCUUCUCCAAGGACGUGACAACCGCAGUACCAUGGCUUGGAGUGAAUCAAGACGGGCACAUCAAGCCACCCUGCUUGACUGAAAAAUCUGUUAGUGCGCCCACUUUGCUCCUUCACGGGGAAUGCCGUUCCCCUGGGCCAUGGUCUUUCGCUGACGGUAAGAGGGGGUCGGCGACAUGGCCGGAGGAGAAACUCCUUUCUGCAAAGCCUGAAAAUGGCCCCCAGCUAGGCGAUUGCCUCUCCGUGAUAUCUGCCGCAUGGAACACGGUGAUAGUGACUGCUAGUCGCGACGGAGUGAUCCGGUCUUUUCCCAACUACGGCUUGCCUGUGAGAUUGUGAGUUGCAAAAGCUUUUGUAGAGUGACUGUAGGAGUGUCAAGUUUGGAUUGGCGAUAACCGCCCAAGAUCUUGAAGUUUUGUCAGAGAUCCUAGGAAAGUAGUGGAAGAGGGGGUGAUAAAUUAUCGAGGAAAAAAUUCUUUUGUACCAUUGGUUACAUCCUGAACUUCUGAAGGAGAGGUUCUGUCCAUA